GACAGAAAGGGCAUAUUGUUGUGGGUGGCCUCAGGCUAGUGAGACCGUUGGGCAGGGAGGGAUUCUAUGACGGACCUAUUGAGAGAUUCAGAGACUUUGUCCUUUCCUUGACGCCUCCUUUGCCCACACUGAGGAGUUUUUUUCUUUUCCGGUUGCCCCAGCACCUGUCUUCAAGACGCAGCCCCGACCUAUUCCUAUUCCUCCUUGAUUUUUAUAAAAUGAUGCUUAUAUGAACAUUGUCCCCCAAUCCCCAGUUCACAGUGCUACGUGAAAAUGCCUGCCGCCCUUGCAGACUUCCAGUUUUCUAACUGAGGCUUACGCCUUCGGUGAUAUGACCCUACUCCGCAGUUUGCAGAGGAUGCCCUGCCUGUCGGUGUCGCUUAAUGUGAUAAUGCACGCCUAGGGGCUUCAGAAGGCUCUCGCUCCUUUUCUUCCUUCUUUCUCUUUCUCUUUCCCUUUCUUUCUUCCUUCUUACAGCCCUUAUCCAUAGCUUCCCCGACUUCCGUGAAGUCUGACCCCAAUAUGAUACUCCUGGUUCCGACAUCCACCUUCUGGAAAAGGGCAGGGGGAUGAGGAAAAAAUUCUGGCUCCCUCCCCCUUGGUACUGUGGCUUUCGCUUUCACUUCCUCCUCAGAGAGUCGACGGAGCUCUGAUCUCCGGGUGAAGAGCAAUCAUGGCGUUACUGGACGUGUGCGGAGCCCCCAAAGGGCAGCGGCCCGACUGGGCUGCCCUGGAUGCGGGAAGCGGGCAUCGCUCGGACCCCGGACACUACAGUUUCUCUAUGCGAGCUCCGGAGUUCGCCCUCCCCCGGGGAAUGCAGCCUACCAAAUUCUUGAGGUGCAUAGGUGGAGAUGGAGAAAGCAAUAUUCAGAUUGAGAUGGCCCAUGGCACAACCACCCUGGCCUUCAAGUUCCAGCAUGGAGUGAUUGUAGCAGUGGAUUCCCGGGCUUCGGCUGGGAGUUACAUUGACACCAUACGGGUCAACAAGGUGAUUGAGAUUAAUCCUUACCUUCUUGGCACCAUGUCUGGCAGUGCGGCAGAUUGCCAGUACUGGGAACGUCUGUUGGCCAAGGAGUGCAGGCUAUAUUAUCUGCGGAAUGGGGAGCGUAUCUCAGUGUCAGCAGCCUCCAAACUGCUUGCCAACAUGAUGUGCCAGUACCGGGGCAUGGGUCUGUCCAUGGGCAGCAUGAUCUGUGGCUGGGACAAGAAGGGUCCAGGACUCUACUAUGUGAAUGAAGAUGGGACUCGGCUCUCUGGACAUAUGUUCUCCACUGGUAGUGGGAACACUUAUGCUUAUGGGGUCAUGGACAGUGGCUAUCGGCCCAAUCUUAGUCCUGAAGAGGCCUAUGACCUUGGUCGCAGGGCUAUUGUUCAUGCCACCCACAGAGACAGCUAUUCUGGAGGCGUUGUCAAUAUGUAUCACAUGAAGGAAGAUGGUUGGGUGAAAGUGGAAAGUACAGAUGUCAGUGACCUGAUGUACCAGUACCAGGAGGCCAAUCAGUAAUGGCAGUGAUGAUUGGGCAGGCCUCUUCUGGAUGACCUUAGCCAACUCAGGGACCUGGGUGAGCAAAGUCCCAGGAGGAAAGAUAAAGAAUGGGCUCUGUGACCAGUGGGGGAAGGCUGAGUUCAUUCUUUUGUGUCUUUAUUUCACUGAGCAUCUAUCCUGGGGACUUUCUGGGGGCUCCCUAUGCACAAUAAAAGAAAAA